UGUUGUGUUGAUAGUAGAGAGAGGAGUCCCCUACAUAUAGGCCUUACAAACCAUUACGAUCAAGAUGUGAAGUAACAACAAUUAAAACAGAACGACAGUGUCUUACCGGAGAUGGCUGUAACGGAGAGAUGGCUGGACGAUAGUAACAGUGGUCAGUUUAAAAUGAAAUAUACAUAACACAAACAAAACAGUUUCUUUUACGAACUCACCUGUGAUAAGUUAAAGCUACCGUGUGAUUCAAUGAGCUAACUUUUGGAUUAAGACCAGGAGGGAUUACAGUCAAACGGAGAGGGUGUGAAUUGAAUUAGAGAUUUCGGUGAGUACUAUACAACUUGUAAACAAUAUAUUGUGAGUGACCACUGGUCAACGGUUGGUGAGAUAUGGACAAUGACUAAGAAGCCGUAAGUUCACUUAAACAUCCAACAUGGACCGCAGGUCUCCUUUGGUGCUGAUGCUUGUCCUCACUGUGACGUCAUGUUUCGAGAUUAUGUAUAAUAUCGAAGAGGAACAGGACAAGGAUUUUUACCUGGGAAAGGUGGCCUCGGACGCACAGCUGAUUACAGGUAACGGGACAAAUAUUGAGCUACGUUACAGCCUCCUCACCACAGGUAACCCAGACGCUUUACUAUUCCAUAUUAACGAGAGAACAUCCGCUCUCUAUACAGCUUCCGUCCUUGACCGAGACACACUCUGCCCUUUUACGUCUUCAGACUGUAUCCUAAGAUUAGACGUCACCGCCAUUUCACCAAUUAACGACUUCUUCGAAAAGAUAAAAGUGCACGUGAGGCUCCUCGACAUAAAUGACAAUGUACCUGUGUUUCCAGAAAGUAAUAUCGACAUGGAAAUAUCGGAAAAUUCCGGCCAAGGAAAGUCCUUCCCGCUAGAUGGAGCUACUGAUGAAGACAGCGGGCAGAACGCUGUCCAAAGUUACAGAAUAGAGACAAGCAAUGUCCCAUUUAUAUUGGAAACAACUGACUUCGCAGACGGAAGAGCCUUACUGAGAUUAGUCGUAGACGAGGAACUUGACAGAGAAACACAAAAUAAAUAUAUUGUAAAGAUCACAGCGAUCGAUGGAGGCGCUGAACCCAAAACAGGUACCGUUACUUUAAACAUCACCAUUACUGACGCUAAUGAUAACCCCCCGAAGUUCCCGAAGGCAGUUUACAAUCGGACUAUACCGGAAGAUAUUGUGCCAAAUAGUGUCUUUUUAACUUUCAAUGCGACUGAUCCGGACGAAAAUGAAAAUGGUCGGGUAUUAUAUCGGCUUAGUUCUCAUCAAUCGGAGGAGAUCAGAAGACUCUUCAAAGUCGGCCCGACAACAGGGGAGUUAAGCGUUAUCAGUUCCCUUAUUGAUGAGAGGACUACCUCAUAUAGAAUUAUUGUGGAAGCGUCUGAUAACGCCACUCAGCCACUAAUCUCACAGGCGCAAGUCUACGUCACUGUCUUAGACACGCAUAACAACGCGCCAGAAAUCACUGUCAACGUUCUGUCACAGAGCUACUACGCGGAAGUCUCGGAGUCGGCGGCCAUUGGGACCGUCCUAGCAAUCAUAUCGGUCAAGGACCCCGACAAUGGGCAGAAUGGCGUUGUCACUUGCUCAAUAGAUGAUGACAACUUCCGGUUGGUCGCCGAUGGGCCUGAUGAAUAUAAUUUUGUUUUGAGAAGAAUUCUGGACAGAGAGAUGGUCGAAUGGCAUACUGUUGUGAUAGAAUGUCGCGAUUAUGGAACUCCUAGAUUAAAUACGAGCUCUCGGAUCUUGGUUCGAGUCCUGGAUAUUAAUGAUAAUCCACCACAGUUCACCAAGGCGAUUUAUUACGUCAAUGUACCCGAAAACGAUGCAGCCAACAGUGGGAUACUUCAAGUUCAAGCUACUGACAGUGAUAGCAUUGUGCCAAGUAGUUACAAUUAUUCUCUUACUCUACCCGAAGAAUACAAAAACUUUUUCAGGAUAAAUGCCAACAGCGGUGUGAUAACGGCCGUAGUGUCUUUGGAUAGGGAGGCAACACCCCGUAUAACGUUCCAAGUGUCUGCCGAAGAUGGCGGGUCGCCUUCAUUGACAGGUAGCGCCCUUGUGGAGGUUAACGUCAUUGACAAGAACGACAACCCGCCAAGAUUUACACCAACGUCAUUCGAGUUCGUUAUACCGGAAAAUCAGUUACCGAACGUCUCAGUAGGUAAACUUGUUGCCCAGGAUGGCGACGCAGGAGACAAUGGCGAGGUGUCAUUUUCACUUACAUCAAGUGCUGACAUAUAUUUACCUUUCGAUGUGUUAAAGAAUGGAACUAUCCUGGGGACUCGGACAUUAGACAGAGAAUUGAUCGCUCAGUAUAAUUUCACGGUUAUUGCUUAUGACCACGGGUCAUCGCCCUUGACCAGUACCGCUGAGGUCACGAUCAUCAUACAAGACAUCAACGACAACGCACCAAUCAUUACAUUUCCCAGUAUUGGCGGGGACCUCUUAUAUUUAUCUUCUGACACCCUCCCCAAUACUGUCAUCGCCACCAUUAAAGCUUAUGAUAACGAUGAUGAUGUCAAUGCUAAACUUUCCUACUUCGCGCAGAACAGCAAUAUGACAAAACUCUUUACUGUGAACAAGUUCACGGGGCAAUUAUCGUUAUCUCGUCACGCGAGUCUUUCUGAUAUUGGUACUUACGACCUAUCAAUUCUAGUCCAAGAUGGCGGCAAGCCCCCAAGGUCAAGGUUUCGCACACUGACAAUCAUAAUCACAGAUUCUAGCAGAAAUCCGUCAGAAGACCCAUCGGCAAAGAUUAAAUACUUCGCCAUAGCUAUUGCUAUUUCAUGUGUGACCAUAGUUCUUUCAAUUCUCAUUAUUCUGGCGAUUUGUCUGAUCAGAAGGAAAGACAGACAGCGGGAUUCCAAAUAUCCAGAGAGUGUGUCUACAAACUCAACAAUAGAUACGGUCCCGGAACAAAAUAAUCCGGAUAUCAAGGUCAAUGGGAUUUACACAAGGGAGACAAUUCACAAGUCACUCACCGACACCCUCCCGCGCAAUAACGACACCUUUGCGAGAACAGACAACUCCCCAAGGCCACUAGCUACGUUGGAGCGUAUCAAGAAAACGAAGUCUCCGAGCCGGACUCAACCGGAGAUCAUUUCGGAUUCCGUGGCGAUUUGGGACUGGAGUGAACAAGAACCGCCUGUAGACGGUAUGGGAGGGAUCAUACGCCAAACCCGCCCCUCCCAGCCUUCGUACCCCUCCCAUAUACCCCAGUCCUUCAUCACCCUCUAUCCUGACCAGUCAAGCUUCGAACAGACGGCGGAGGUUGUGUGAUACGAAAGUAAAUGACUCCACAGAGAGAAAUUUCGACAUAUGAAACCAAAGAAUUUUGCAUAAUAUUUUGAACUUAGAGACAAAAAAUGGUAUAAAUUACCAAUUCGAUUCCAUUGCUAAACUAACAAUAUCAUAUAAAACGUCAUCAAAAUUCGUUUCUAUGACGUAUAGUGGAGUAGUAAACGCCCCCUGGUGUCGAUAAUAUGACCAAUGCGAUGACGUUUCUCUGCCGGAUGACAACUCUUGGAUCUUCCUGCCAGCAAUGAUUCCACGUCUGUCAACUCCAAGGAGGAACAUGACGCGCACUAACGCGGCUACCAACACUCAACGUUACAAUUCUUCAAGGAAAUUCCAAGGCCACAAAACCCAAGUCAUCCCAAGGUCAGACGUUGUUUCAAGGGCACAUUGACGCUUCGAACUGUUAAUAGAAGGUCAAGGCUGCCAAGUAGCUGUCGAACAGAAUGGUUACCAUAGUUACCGCCACCACGAGGUUACGGGGAACAGGUACUGCUGACGUCACAGAACUUAAAGCUUGUGUUCUAGAAAGUCACCAGAUUUCCUGUCUCCACGAGGUCACGGAGGACAAACCGCCAGCAUCACAGACAAAUACAACGACAUAUAUCGCGCCAUUCGUUACCGUCACAAAUGAAGUCACAGACGGCAAAUCUGGCGUCCAUGGGUCGUUAGGUGAACAAAACUGCUGACGUCAUCAAUCGGCUACUGAGCCAGAAACUGGGUCAGAAAAAACAGACGAUCUCGCACCAAAAUACUGCCAAAAUAUAAUUAGCAUAUCAUGUGUAGUACAGAGAAAUACACACGUUCAACGACAUGCUCAUCAAUCAAAUCAUAUUCAUAUAUUAUUUAUUCACAAACAUGGAAUGUAUCAUAUUUCAUGAUUAUAGGUAAAUUGUUAUUUAUUCUGUUCUAAAUGUUGAUAUUAAUUCUGUUAUGAUAUUACAUGUCAGUUUUUUGUUAUAUAAAAUUAUGGAAAUGUU